AUGCAUCCGCAGCUAGCCUCAACCGGUAUGGGUUUUGGCAUGAAUGUACUGGGUGGUGAAGCACCCCCUGCUAUUCCUGACGCGCUCUUCGAAUCUGCCACCGACUGUUUUGUAUGCGAGAAAAAGUUUCACGCCUUUCGACGCAAACAUCGCUGCCGGGCAUGUGGCAACGCAGUGUGUGGCAGCUGUGCUCGCACUCACAAGGUCAUGCCUAGCUCUACGAUUGUUCGCUUUCACAAUGAACCUGUACGCGUAUGCGAUGGAUGCGUUCGAGAUCAGAAUCAAUUGAUGUUAGAACGUCGACGUGCGGAAGAUGUUGAGCGCGCAAGGGCUCGACAAGCUGCCGCACAGGAAGAAGAAGAGCGGCAACGGGAAGCAGAGCGUUAUCAGAGAGAACGCGAUGUUGCAGAAGCUCAAGCUCGACGCGAACUACGAUUGCGAGCUCUUGAAGAAAAACACUUGGGUCCGCGACCAGAUCGGCGAACAUUGCAGUCGAGAUAUUCAAGAAGUCUAGAUGAUUGUGCAUGCCAUGGACCACCUCAGUCAUUAUACUCGAAGGAAUUAAGUUCAUUUAUUGAAGAUGCUGAGAAGCGAUCUGUCGCUUUGACAGCAAAGCCUUACGCGGCUGAUGGUCUUUUUGAUGAUAAAAUGGACUUGGAUGGCACAGAGACACUAAGGACCACGGUGGUACAGGAAGCAGAUGAAUGCGCUAUUUGUCUAGAGACGAUGGAUGUUGGUACUGCAAUUUACACAACAGCUUGUGGUCACAGUUUUCAUUGGAGCUGCUUGAAAGAAAUUCAAAAGUCGGACUCAAGCAAUUAUGACAAAUGUCCAUCCUGUCGUGCUACAAUGACUGAAAUGCAGGUCAAGAAACAAUGCGAUCACCCGCGAGUACGGUUUGGACACCGAUUUUGUCGAGAUUGCGGCGCUGCUGUUACUGAGGCCGACGCCAAGCCAAGAGGUGACGCGUUUGGAGGUACUGUUGGUACAAUUGGUAUGCGGAUGUCCACUCCUUCUGGACCUACAGAUCUCAAUCAUCCAGUUUCAUACAGAGCGAGCUCGCACGGUGCACUUGUGCGUUGCCCGCAAUGUCAUAUUCAGAUGCGUGUACUUCCUCACAUGUAUAACAUGCGAGUAGCAUGUCCAUCAGGUCAUAUGUUUCUGGUUCAAGUUGCUGGACCAGCGGGAAAUGGCGGUGCUAAUGGGGGAUACGGCUUUGGAGCGCAUGGUGGAUUGGCAGGUCCUCGAAUGCCUCCACGUGGUUUAAAUAGGGGCUACCCAGGAUCCCAUUACCGCCCCGCAAAUGCUUAUCCGGAGUUGUAA